CCGGAUGAGGCGGGGCUUGGGUGGUUGGCUCCCGCUGCGGCGCUUCCUAGUGGCGAGGGCGCCAUGGCGCUGCCCUGGUUGCAGCGCUUCGAGCUCUUGCUAUUCACAGCUGCCUUCCUGUGCGGGGCCGUGGCGGCCGCGACGCUGACCCAGACCCAGGGUUCCUUCAGUAGCCACUGUCCCUUGUACGGCGUGGCCGCCCUCAAUGGCUCCUCCCUGGCUUUAUCCCAACCCUCGGCCCCAUCCCUCUGCUACUUUGUGGCCGGGGUCUCUGGCCUCCUGGCCCUCUACUGCCUCCUGCUCCUGCUCUUCUGGGUCUACAGCAGCUGCAUCGAGGACUCCCACAGAGGCCCUACAGGGCUCCGCAUUGCACUGGCCAUCUCUGCUAUAGCCACCUUCCUGGUCUUAGUGUCUGCCUGUAUCCUUCGAUUUGGCACCCGUUCUCUCUGCAAAUCCAUCGUCUCCCUGAACAUUACAAUUAGCUGCUCUGAAGCCCAGAAAAUUCCAUGGACACCCCCUGGAACCACUCUGAAGUUUUACUCCAACCUAUACGAUGCUGAAACCUCUUCUUGGGUGAAUCUGGUAUUGUGGUGUGUGGUCUUGAUGCUUCAGGUGGUGCAGUGGAAGUCUGAAGCCACACCUUAUCGGCCUCUGGAGCGGGGGGACCCCGAAUGGAGCUCUGAGACAGAUGUUCUUGUUGGGCCACGCCUUUCCCCUUCCUGAAGAGUAACCAGAAAAUCCUUCCUGCAGCCAAAGACUCCAUGCCCACGUGCCUACAGUCCUCUUGCCCCCACGUGGCCCUGUUUAUAAUGGGAGCCUGUUUUUCCCCCCACGAGGGAAACGUGACAAUGGGCUCCCUCCACCUCUCUUCCUACAGCUGUUUUUGUACCAAAAUAUUAGAUUACUUUUUUCCUUCA